AUGGAAGACAUAGACGGACAAGAGAUUUUUAUGAUAGAUACUCGAACAACAGUGAGUAGAUAAGAUUAUUAGCAAUAAGGUAGACCAAAUUAAUUGGAUACAGAGUCUAAGAAGCGUAAAAGAGAGGAAUUUGAAUAGAAACUGCUUGAUAGUGAGCAAGAUUUCUAUUGUAAUUGUGUAGCUUCUAGACAAACAAGAAUUGAUGUCAAAUCUUUGAACGAACAUCUCGCCACUUGCAAAUCAAUGAAAUAAACAUAUGGAGAGUUUUACCAGGAAUGGGGAUCUAAAGUUGAGGAUGCUGUAAAAAAAGAUAAUCUGAAUGAGUGGAGAAACAUUAGGACACUUUAUAUGAUGUUCAAAGAGAGAUUUGAGAAUAGAAACAGUAACAAAGAUUUGCAGUAUCAAAAUCAAUCCAUUAAGCGAAUGAGAACGAAUAACUAAGAAAUGAGUGAAGAUUAGAUAAAACUAUAGAGCUUCAAAGAUUAAUCUUCUCAGAUGUCUUAAGUUGACGAGAUCAAGUUUGAUCAGAAAUAACUAAAUUAGAUCAAGGCAACAAAUGGCAGAAUUGAGGAAGAAGAAGAAAAGAAAGUUGUCUUUGUUAAAUAAAUUAGCUAAUCUUAUGAAUAAGCACUUGCAAUGGCUGGUGAAGACUCAGCUAUUAAAUGCCAAGCUUGUGGAGAAAAAAUGACUGAGGAAAAUUUUGACAAGAUUUUAUUUCUUGAAAAAUGCUGUCAUAGUAUUUGUAAGGAUUGUAUAGUAAAGGCUGCUGAGGAAUCAUACCCAGAGGUUACAUGCCUGAGUCAAGAUUGCGAUGAAAAAAUAUAUGAGUAUGAACUAAUUCAAGCACUCGGAGAUGUUAAAAUCACUGAGUUAUAGUAACGAUAAGUUAAAGAAUUACUAGAUAAAGAUAAAAACCUUGUGAAAUGUAGAUGCGGCAAUAGGAUUGAAUUAGUAAGAGGAGAAGUCAUAAUGAUGAAAAAGGAUGAUGGAAACUAAAUCACUAAAGCAUCAGCAAUACACAUGAGUAGAUUCAGGGUCAGAUGCCCAGAAUGUGGUAUUAACUUCUGCGUAUCAUGUGAUGAAUCUCCUUACCAUCUAGGCUUCAAUUGCGAUCAAUACUUGAAAUUUAGGAAUUAAAAGAAAUGUAGGUUUUGCUAAGCGGCUCUUAGAGGUGAUAAACAAAAUUUCUGCUCUAAACGCCAGUGCAAAAAUCAAUCCAGAUAAUGCUGUACUAUUUUCAAUGCCUGCGGUCAUGCAUGCUAUGGUAAAGCACAAGAAUAAAGCCAUCCUCCUUGCUUACAUGAGGAUUGCGUUGCCAAGAAUGAAGAAUUGACUUUUGGAGAAAAUGCCGAUUCAUUUUGUGUUAUUUGCUAUGUUUCAGGACUGGGUGAGAAGCCUGUUAUUCAGCUAAAAUGCAAGCAUAUCUUUCAUAGCUAAUGCUUACAAUCUAAAGUUUACUAAAAGUGGGUUGGACAGCUUGCCAUUAAUGUCAAAUAUGCAAUGUGUCCUUCUUGUAACUAAUGGAUAGAGACAGAUGAUCCUCAAAUCAAAGGCUUUAUUGAUUAGGCUUAACAGCUGGACAAACAAGUAAGAGAAAAAUGUAUCUUGAGAGCUAAGCAUGAAGGAUUAGACCUAGAUGAGAGACUGAAGGAUCCAACUAGCUAGUAUUUUAACAAUUUAGAAUAGUUUGCUUACGAUCAUCUUAACUACUAUCAGUGUUACAGAUGCCAAUUACCUUACUUUGGAGGGUUAAGGUAGUGCGAUCAAAAUCCUAAUUUAUAGCAGAAUUAGUAGCAAUAGCCUGCAGUAGCUGGUGGUGGUUUAUUUGGCUAGGCAUUCGUUUAAUUUAAUAACAAUGCUUGGGAUCUUAUUUGCUCUAAAUGCAAAUUUUAUGGAAAUGAUUAAUAGAAAAAGUACGGUAUUGCUUUUUGUGAGACUAAAGGUCAUGGUGACUCCUACAUUCAAUAUAAGUGCAAUUUCUGCUGCAACAUAGCGGCAUACCACUGUGGUGGAAAUAACUAUUACUGCAUGCAAUGCCAUGACAGAAAAGGACCUGUAGGACCUAAAUGUAGUAGCAAAGAAGAUUGUCCUCUAGGAAUAGAACAUCCUCCAAAUGGUUCAAAUAAUGCUUUUGCUGUUGGCUGUGGAAUGUGUCGAGACUUAAAAAUAAAGGAUGGUAAAGAUGGAAAAGAUGACUUAGCUGAAGCAAUGGAAAAAUAAAUGAAGGAAAUUGAAGAUAGGAAGAAUUAAAUGAAAGAACAAUUAAUGGAUUUCUGA